GAAACUUGUAGAUUUCCGAGCCCAUCAUGCAUUGGUCAAUCUAGCCAGCCAAAAAAUGUGACACGAAGAAGAGAAUUUCCAGAUAUAAAAAGGGUUCUGAUGCCCAGUCUUGAUCCCAAUCCCAAGAAAGCCAAGUCGUAAUAUCUCCAAAACAUUUCAAACAUCAAAUUUUCGUUCGAGUCAUCAAAGAUGCGCUACACCACCUCGAUCCCUCUGGCCCUGGCCGUCGGCGCCGCCAACGCGAUGAACACCAAAGUGCCAACUGGUGCUCACUCGUCCGGCUUCCUCACCGUGACGACGGCCACCCUCGCCACCACCACCAGCACAACCCCUUACCAGAUGCCCACCAUCAUCCCCUUCCCGGAUGAAGAGCAGCCCUACCCGGACGACCCGUGGGGCACCACCUGGACCUGGAUUGCAACCGCCAAGGUCCCCACCCCCACCGUCGAGCUCACCAAGACGUCGGGCGGCGUCCUGGAGGUGCCCCAGCCCACCGCGGUUACUCCCGUGCCGCUCAGCAACGAGAACGGCCCCAUCAUCGGCCCCUGGAAGAUCCCCGCGGGCGGCCCGGCCAUCAAGCUCGACGGCCUCCAAAACGACACGGACGCCAGGACCCCAUUCAGCGACGCCCCCGGCCCCGUCAUCCCGGACGAGGACGACUUUGAGAUGCCAGAAGUCCCAGAUGCCGACGACAUUGUCGAGGAUCUCAUCCGCGAGGGCAUGAGCCGGCAGGAGGCGGAGGCGAUCAGAGCCCUCAUGGGAGAGGGUUCCAAGGAGUCAAAGGCCGUCCAGGAGGACACCCGCAAGGUCGGCGAUGCCAUGAAGGCUCUAGCCAGGGAUUUCCGCCGCUUGCGUCAAAUGGCCAAGGCUCACUGAAUGCAGGAUAAAGGCGGGAUUACGGAGCAAUGUGCCAAAGAAGCAAAUCUCGCAUAAGGGGCCUGCACAUGGAAUGAGAGCCGAGGUUGUGUACAGAGCUGACAUAGCCUGCUACUACAAAAGUUUUGAGUUUAUAAGCUGUCCCAACUAAGAGGAUAGUUAUAACGGAGUAUGAUUGCCCAAGAAAAACAAAAAGAAACAUUUUGAACUGUG